GAAAAUGUGGCGUCAGAAAAACGUUUUGAAAAAGGCCAUGCAUAAUGGACUUAACGUGUUUCAUAUUAACAUUGAUUUUUGCGGCAAAGUCAAAAAUGAAAACAGAUUUCAACAUCGAAUAUUUCAAAAAGAAUGCACAGAAGAUAACAUAAUGACAGAGGAAAACCAUUUGACCCCACAUCGCUCCGCAUCUCAGAUGAGCUCUGGUUUGAAAGAAAGAUUAAAACGAUGUGGCAGAUACCAUUCCUCUCCAGUGAUGGGACAGAAUGCACAAAGAAGGACACAUUUCACCUCCCCUCUGCUAGCCACUGCUGAGCAACAUGGCACCAAACAGACUCUUAAGAAAGAAAAAGGUGAAGAACAAAGCCAAGUUUCAGUCAGUGCGAAUUCUAAAUCUAUGGAUGUCCUUAGUCCUUCAUACUGUUCACUUGACACAAAAAAACUUCACACCUCUGAUCCUGAUUCUGGACACAAGACCGCUGUGUCGGGAUUAGUUAGACCACACAGAUUAGACUUUUCCCAGGAUCACCCGGUCUGUGACAAGAUGGCUUCCUCUAGUAUUAUGAAUGAGUCUGCCGACAGUGAGACACAGGAGCAGGGUAAAAGGAGACAACAGCUUCAGGCAGCAAUAAAGGAAAAGGAAGAUGUGCUGAGGAAGCUGAGACUUGUCCAGUUUUAUGAAAACAAGCAUGACCUUGGAAAGAUGGAGGAGUUGAUAAGAAAGUGGUACCAAGUUUGUCAGGAAGGGCUAGUGGAUCUACUGAACCUGAUGCCGGAGCCCCGCCCCGAGCUGACAGAGCUGAUAGAUCACCUGGGCAUAGACCACAGUAUGAUUGGCUAUAACAAGGAGGACCAAUCAUUUACUGCCUACACAGAAUGAAAAUGGCCACUGUCAUGUCCCACACUGCAGAGAAAGCUUUUUUAUAUUUAUGUAUGAAAUACUUGACUUGAUUCAUUUUUUUGUUGUUGUGCAUUGUUGUUUUUUUAAUUUGUUAAUUAUUUUACGUGCAUACAAAUAAAGAAAAUGUUACUACUUCAGAAGAAAAAUUUCAUGUUUUUAUUUUUUUUGACAGAUAAGAUUGACGUAUAAAUUAUUCAG